ACGAGAAUUGGAGUAAAAUGACAGCCAGUCUUACCAUGUUCAAUAUUGAUGCGCCUCGCUGGGACCAGAAUACCUUCAUGGGGCGCCUGAAGCACUUUUUCAACAUCACAGACCCAAGGACACUGAUGGUGUCAGAGCAAGAACUGGACAGAGCAAAGGCAUUGGUGGAGAGCUGCAGGGCAGGCACGGUGCCCCCAGGAACCAGCCAGGAGCAGCUGUUCUACGCCAAGAAGCUUUAUGACUCUGCUUUCCACCCUGACUCUGGGGAGAAGAUGAAUUUGAUAGGGAGGAUGUCAUUUCAAGUUCCUGGAGGGAUGGCUAUCACUGGCUUCAUGCUACAGUUUUACAGGACGGUCCCAGCCGUUGUUUUCUGGCAGUGGGUAAAUCAGUCCUUCAAUGCCAUUGUGAACUACACCAACCGGAAUGCUGCCAGUCCUAUCUCUGUCAAGCAAAUUGGAGUUGCUUAUGUCACUGCUACCAGCACUGCCUUGGCAACCGCCGUGGGGCUCAACCUUUACACCAAGAGAGCCCCAACCCUUGUGGCGCGUUGGGUCCCCUUUGCAGCGGUGGCGGCUGCCAACUGCGUGAAUAUCCCUUUGAUGAGGCAGCAGGAACUCAUUAAUGGAAUCACAGUGACUGAUGAGAACGACAAUCGUCUGGGCGAGUCCAGGAGAGCUGCAAUCAAGGGGAUAACCCAGGUGGUGAUUUCCCGCGUCACUAUGGCUGCUCCUGGAAUGAUUUUGUUACCCAUCAUCAUGGAAAAACUAGAAAAGUACCCUUUCAUGAAGAAAAUCCAGGUUCUUCAUGCUCCGUUGCAAAUACUACUCGUUGGAGGAUUCCUCGUGUUCAUGGUCCCAUUCGCUUGUGCACUCUUCCCACAAAGGAGCUCAAUUGCCAUUUCAAAGCUGGAGCCUGACCUCAGAGAGUCUGUUGUGGCCAAACACGGGGACAAAGUGUCAUGUGUCUAUUUUAACAAAGGCUUGUGAGUAGAACUUCUGUUCGAAGAAUGGGCUGGAUCUGCUGACCAUCUUACCCCAGAAUCUUCACCUGAUGGCACAUGGUCGACAGAUUUGCUCAACAUACUCCAGAAAGAGCAGUGCUUUACCUUCAUCCCUCUGUUCCCAUUGCUUUGGGGCGAGGUUGCAAAUUGAUGGGCAAAUAUAAGAGGUUUAGCCUCACAUCUCUUUUUUGCAUCCCCAUUCAUCUGUCAGAAAAUGGAUUUGGGCUUUGAUGUGAGGUAAUAGCUUGUGCUCAGCAGAGAGAACGUCUGGUUCUCUGCCUCUGCCUGGUCAGAAAUGGAACAAUAAUCUUUAACACCCUAGUUCUUCUUUACCCUGUGAGGCUUUUCCUCUCAGCUUUGAAGUUUAUACCUCAGUGUCCUUGCCUGCUCCAAGAAAGAAGCUUUCCAGUUGCCUUACAUUUUUCCGUAGAGUCCGCUCUGCACAUAGGAACACUAUCUUAAGUCCGUGUAUUGUGUAAUGAAUCAAGUCAAUCAUAAAGGGACAGAAUAUCCUUGUAUCCAUUUCUGCUGACUUCAGGAAAUCCAGAAGGGGAUUAAACUCUCCCUGAGCUUGUUGUAAAGCCCAUACCUGCAUUUGACUAUGCUGAAGGCCAACACAUUUGGUGUAGUUCAGAUUGCCCAUAGGUGACUGAAAUAUUCUGAUCUAGGUACCAUCUCCUUAGUUUACUGACAUGAAAGCUAGUUUGUUCAUACCUUUGCAUUCCUUGAUCAGGUAGCUGGCUCAAUUCUAAUGUCUUACAAGCAGACCUUGCAUGAUUUUAGAUUUAACUCAUAGGUGCACAACAUUUGGCCCAUGGGCCUCAUGUGGCCUGGUAGAGCCAUGUUGUGCAGUCCAUAAUCCCCUCCAAUAAGGACCGGGGGAGGAAGGUGCCAGCACAGUGAUGUUUCUCCUCUCCUUGGGGUGGGAAGGUCAGAAUGUUAACUCUCAGUCCAGAGAACAGCCAAGAGGCAGUGUUCUGACACCCCCCCCCCCAAGCCAGAGAUGUCCUAGGAUGGUCUACUGGUCAGAAUACCUUAGGGCCACAUGGUAUGCACCACUGACUGAACUAAACGAUAAUGCUAGACAGCUGAAUAUGUUGCUGGAACAGCUGGCAUUCACUACUCCUUUUUUCUUAGCAAGUUUAGCUGAGUCCUUGAGAAGUUUGCCUUAAAUGGCAGUGGUAUUGCUUAGGGAACCAUGAUGCAGACGAAAAUGGACCAAACCACAGCAAUGUCUGGUGAUCAGUUGUUCCAAAGGAGGAGAAGAACUAACUUUGACCAGCUCAGAUAGGCUACUGGCAUUAACAAUACUUUGAUGAUUUUCGCUAUGUUACUCCCAAUGAGGGCUUGUAGUCUGGGAGUUGUGGCAUAGUGGCCAAGAGAGCAAGUUGAGAUCCAGGAGGUGGCUGGUUCAGAUCUAAUCUAUGCCACAAAUUCACUAGGUGGCUUUAGGUCAGCCAUUCUCAUCAUCUUCCACUCCCAAUACAGGGGCAAUACUGCUGACCUGCCAUAUGUGCUUGAUGUAAAGUUUACUGUGAUAAUCUGUGUGAAGUGCUUUGAACACUGCAAGUGCUAUGUACAUGUUAAGUAUUAUUAUAACUUGUCAGUUAUACUCCUCUCUUUGUGGUCUUCCUCCACCCUUGCCUGCGCACGCCUCCAUCCUCUGUGCAUCUUAGAACUAUGCAAUUGGGUUUUUUUCCUACUAGGCGCUAUGCCUGUCUUUUCAGAAGGUCUCUGUUAUACUUGUUCAUGACCAAAAUUUCUCCUAGGUGGUUUCCACAUUGGGACCAGGCUUGUGCAGUUUUCCUGUGGCUGCCGUGGCUGGCGUGCAGUUUCCCUGCCCCCAGCAGCUGCCAUCCCUCCUCCCCCAGUGCAAUUGGAGCUUUUAAAAUUUUUUAAAUCUGCAGUUUCAUAUUGUUAUAUGCCUUUCCCCUUAUAUCUGUGCAAUAAAAAAUGAAAGCUGAGAUUUCAGAGAACCUGUUACCCUUGUUGUUAUAACAGUGUUGUCAAUAUAACAUAACAUUACUCGUUGU